GAGAUCAUUUGAAGCGAAGAACUCGACCCGUGUGACCGCCCUGGGCAAACACCUUUCUCUGCUUUCCUGUUAUUCAUUGUGCUACGACUCCCGCUCCCCAUCUUCAGCCCAAGUGAUCCUCAAAGAGUGACAGAUGUGUGGCUCUGUGGAAAACCGUUUUCAUCUCCAGGUGGAGAUUUGAGUUCGUGGCUGCUGAGGCAUCCAACAGGAGGUCUCUGAGGAAGAUGCUGGGUUCAGAGCGCGGUGUUGUGGAAGAAUGGCUCUCCGAAUUCAAGUCCUUACCAGAAACCCACAUUCCCAGCUACGCCGGCAGCCUUCAACUAAAAAAGUCCCUGGUUCCAGCGCUCUACAGAGUCAUCCAGGACCCCGGCAAUGAGCUGCUCGAGCCUGUGUGCCACCAACUGUUUGAACUUUACCGUAGCUCCGAAGACCGUCUGCGACGUUUYACCCUGCAGUUCCUGCCCGAACUCAUGUGGGUUUAUCUUCGCCUCACUGCCAGCAGGGACCGUCAGAGCAACGGCUGCAUCGAGGCCCUCCUCCUGGGCAUCUACAACCUGGAAAUAGUAGACAAAGAUGGCAACAGCAAGCUUCUCUCCUUCACAAUCCCCUCCCUGUCAAAACCAUCAAUGUAUCAUGAGCCUUCUGGCCUGGGGUCCAUAGCUCUGACAGAAGGAGCUCUCUGCCAACACGACCUGAUCCGAGUGGUUUACAGCGGCCUCCACCCUCAGAGAGAAACCUUCACUGCACAGAACAGGUUUGAAGUGUUGUGUUUCCUCAUGCUCUGCUACAACUCCGCUGUGGUCUACAUGCCACUUUCUUCCUACCAGUCAGUCUGCAGGAUGAGCUCCCGAGUGUGUGUGUGUGGCUUCCCUCGACAACAGCAGAAGCUUUGGAGAGAACCGUGCAACCGUGUGCUGCUGGACCCYGAGUUCAUGGUGCAGAUGCUAACAGCUGUUUAUCAUGCUAUAUACAAUGGAGAGUGGGAGAUGGGGCGAGAAGCUCUGGAGGACAUUGUGUACAGAGCCCAGCUGGAGCUUUACUCCCAGCCCCUCCUGCUGGGAAACGCCAUGAAAAACUCGCUGCCGGAAAACGCUCCCGAGGAUCCACGUGGACGCAAGGUGCUUCAGGUGGAGGUGACGCCCACCAUCAGCCGUAUAUCCAUCUCCGCAAUCACCACCGCCUCCAUACGGCGCCACCGCUGGAAGAGAGCGGAUUGUUUUGACUACUCAACCGAAGCAGAGUUGAGCCUCCUCRUCAGUUCUGCUAGCCUCGUCCACCACGACCCUCCCUGGGACCCUGCAGCUAACGAGGAUAGAGGGAGGCGGCAUCACAGCCACCACAGCACCAGCAGCAGCAUCAUUCCCCCCAUCACACUUGAGGAUGCUGAUGGGAUGAGCGGCGGGGAGGAUUCCUUCAACAUCAACGACCCAGACGAAGGUUUCUCCUCCGGGGCGUCCAACAGCAGCCAGCCCAGCGGCACAAAGUCUGGACGGGGUGUGGGUCCGCGCGGCGGCAGCCUGAACAGCAGCAGCAGCAGCAUUAAGAAAGCCCUCGCAGCUCGCCUGGCUCGGGACAAGGAGAGGGAGCGAGAGAGGGAGGCAGAAAAACAGGCAGAGCUCACCGUGGAGCCGCAGGCCGCCGGGACGAAACACCACCAGAGGCAGCAGUCGCCCCCGGACGCCAUCCACCUCAGUCCCAUAAAGAAGCACCUGAGCUUCCCUGCGGGGCCCCCGCUGGUGCGGACUGGCAGCGCCUCGUCCAGCAAGUCCUUCGACUGCAUGAACUUCAGCUUGAACGGCGGCGAGGGCGAGCGAGAGGAGGGGGCAGCAGGCUCCGAGCGGGAAAGGCUUCUAGCCGGGGGCUCGCACCGCCUCUCCACCACGAGCCUGCAGGAGGAGCACCUAAACAGGCCCGAGGAGGCCCAGGCCCUCCUGAACCCUGGAGCUCCUCUGACCCAGCAGUCCCGCUCCCCGAGCUUCAACAUGCAGAUCAUAUCCCAGGUUUAAUGUCCAGCACAGGAGAACACACUCAUAGCUAUUCAUAACRCACACACAUUUUUAUCCCAAUCAUUUCAGUUCAUAAACAUGUGUGUUUAUAAAGUAGGAACAGAUCUCCAGAGCGUUAUCAUCUGUUAAAAUGAGACCUGCAGCUUUUGCUGGAGAGUUUCUGAGAUCAGAAGUUGUAAUCGACGGUUCAUCCUCCCCUCCGACCAAACCGAGCAUUCCUCACAAACUCUCCUCAAAGGGAACAUUUAACGAACUCUCACAUAGAUGCAAGUUCUCAUGACAUUUCAGUUUGUUUUUAGUUCUUGACUAAAUCAGUCAAAAAGAAUCAGCAAUAACUCAUCGCUCGUGUGGAGAGAAACGGGGGAUUACUCCCCUGGUUCUCUCCUUUCGUUCCUGGGCUCACGUGCAAUCAUUCUUCAUUCAUUAUCGAUGAGUAAAAUCAGUCAUACGGUUUUAAAGAGGAAAAAAACAAAAUUUGAAAUCACAAUCCAAAGAAGGUUUUCUUUUUUUAGUUUUGAUGUCAAACCCCAUUUGUUCUUUAGAUUCCUGGACAGAAUCUAUAUUUUAUUGUUGCAGAUAAAGCAACCUUCUCGUUUGAUUUGAAACUUUUCGGAUUGUUCCUGAACCAGAAUGGAAUGUGGUGAAAGUUCGUCCGGCCUCGAGCUUUUUUUUUUUUUUUUUUUUUUGACAAGUAAAGAAAUCAUUCCUGUGCAGCUACACAAAGAGACUUCUGUUUUGUGGUUUUAAACUUAAAGCUGAGUCUUGUUGAUGUGACUCUAAAGGCAACGACUGUAUCUUUAGUUUCCAGCUGUUCCGUGGAUCCUUCCUCCUGAAAGCACUUGUUGGUGUGUGUGUGUUUGUUGAMAACUGUGGCUCGUGUGCUCAGCGUCACGUCAAAACUGGUUAUGUGCUGCCCUCUGGAGGCAUAUAGUUGUCACUGCACGUCAUCAGUUCUGUUCUGAUUGGASCGUCGCAAAACAUUUUGUUCUACCUCAUUGUGUGUCCACCUGCCGUUUGAAAACAACCAAUCAGAAAAACAUUUUUACCUACUUUUGUCCUCGAAACUGGAUUCUGACCCAAAUAGUUUCCAACUUCAACUGUAAUGAUGUUAAAUUUUGUUUUCUUCUGUAAUAAUUUGAAAAYCUUCCAUUGUUUCAGUUCAUUCGUGCUCAACACAGGUCUCAACUAUUUCCAGUGGAUUAGCCUGAAUAUUUUCUUUUAAAUUCUCUCUUUUUUUUUUUAAAGUUAUGGGCUUUUAAGUGCAAUUUUUUUAAAUCUUUGUGUGCAUGGACUUCCUCUCUGCUGUGAAAUGCCUGCAUCUGCGCACAUUGCUCUCUAGCCUCGUGUAGUGCUUCAAGCUCAGACUGUCUUUUCUUUUUGUUUUUUUUUUUCAUUUGUGUUUGUUUUUCUCCGCUAAGCACAGCUGUUUCAGAGCAGCGAGCCAAACCCGAGCCGUGUCCUCGUCUUAGCCAGAUGUGCCAACACGCGUCCUCUCUUUGAGGAGUUUCCGUUUAGUUCUUGGUUUUUUUGCCCGAGUGUCUUAUUUAAAAAUGCCUUUUUUUCAGUGUAGUCUUAAUUUGAAAUUAGGGGGCGAUGUAGUGGGAUGUUCAGACACCUGGCUCUGCGUGCCCUUAGAUGCAGCUUCACCUUUUCUUAUUUAAUUUGUUUUUUUCUCUUAAUUUUAAGAGUGUGGGACAAUACUGUCACAGUCGUUACGUUUUACAUGUGAACAGUGAAAAUAAGUUAGUAUUCAUCUGCGAACUGUAGAUGUCAGCUGUUGCGUUGCUCUCCUGGAUGAGGUGGAGCGAUAAAUGUAUAUAAAGAGUUCAGUUCGGUGGAAAUCACACUCAUUUAAGCUCCUGGUGUGCUUGAAGCCCUCUCAGCUGCUUGUUCUAGUCCCGAGUCAUUUCUGUGYGUCUGCGUUUGAUCCUUUAACAUUUCAGGCCUCUGGUUUUCGUCCGUUUGGCCUCACCUCCUCCUACCCAGCUGGGUUUCUUUGUAACACGAGUGCAACAGUAGUUUGUGCUUUCUGGAAUAAGCUGUCAUCCCUGUGCUGUGUAACUCUGUGAGCCAUGUUUCUUGUUUUUUUGCUGUACUUUGCCGUGGAGUCGAGUGGCACGGUUUUGCUGUUUCUUUUAAAAAGAAAAAAAAAACUGACGUGCUCACGAUGUUCCGUCACGUACGCCGAGGCUACCAGCGGUCGUGUUGGUACCGUGUGUUGACUUUGAGUAACAAAUAUCCCUCAGUGUGUGGUGUUUUUUGCAUGUGAUCGGGGUGGGAAAUGAACGCCAGCCUGCGAUUGUUUAAAAAAAGAGAAUAAGCUUCAACAGGUCCACCUGCAUUUCAAAUGAAACCUCCUUUUUUUUGUUAUGAAAACAACCUCAUGUUUGUGUUUGACCAAUCAGCACGGCUGGUGGAGAAAGUUCAUUUUCCAUCCUGCAUGUGAUUACCGUGGACUCUGUUUUCAUGCAGUUUAAUGCACUUUAAUCCAUCCACCUCUCAAGAUAGUUAAAGAAAUGACAUAUAGAUGUGAAAACGUGUAUUCACUCAGUGCAGGGUUUUAGUCUCUUGAAAGUAGUUCUAUGGGGAUGUCACAUCCAACACAAGGCUAUUUUUUUUUAAAGUCUAAGGGUACAGCUAUUUAUUCUUAUUUUUGUUUCAAAACCAAAAAAAAGGAAGAAAAAAAUCUUUAUGGGUUAUGGAAGGUCUCAGGAGUUUCUCAAAGAAAAAAGCCACAAUUAAAAAAAAAGCAGCACCAAAUUUUGUUUUGAAUCGAUUCUAUGCAACAUUUUUUUUCCCCAUUUUCUUUUAUUUCUGUUCUGUGUACAUUUUUUUGGGAUUACUCAUUAGGUGGUGGGCGCAGAGAUUUAAACUAAAAGUUGCAGCGCCGUAAAACCAUUUAUUUGUCCUGCGAGGUUUUUUGGUGCAUGUUGAGCCCUCCUGUCGGCCUGCUGCUCGGUCGGUGUGUAAAAAUCGAAACAACAAACAAUGGGUCUGAUCUAGACGCUUCAAGGGAAGCCGCUGGAUAACACUGUACUAAUGAUGUAUAAAUGGAGAAAAAAGUUAUUUUAAAUUUUGUAAAUAAAAAAAUGUAUAAAGUUAAAAUCGAGAUAAAUAUAGAGAUAAGUCUGAGAUGUAGAGAGAGAUAAAUCUGUAUAUUGUUGAAUAAAUAUUGUGGCGUAAAUGGUU